AUGGCACCCUCGGAUCUGAUCGACUUCGAGGUUAUCGAGGGACACAAGGAGAACAUUCAAGCACUACCGAGUGGACGAUCGGCAAGAGCUUUGGCAGCCCUUUACUCGCCGCCAUUGACCAGCGGAGCACGAACUUCCCUCUCUAACGAUGCCCACGACGAAGAGCGCAAGGACUACGAGGACGAACUCGCCUUGAUUGACGAAGCAGAUGACCCGCUUGACAUCUACGAUCGCUACGUCAAAUGGACCCUCGACACAUACCCCUCGGCACAAUCAACACCACAAUCACAACUGCUGCCUCUCCUCGAACGUGCCACCAGAGCUUUCCUUUCCUCACCACAAUACAAGAACGAUCCGCGCUACUUGAAACUAUGGCUACACUACAUCCGCUUCUUCUCGGAUGCUCCCCGCGAAACAUUCGUCUUCCUCAACCGUCACGGAAUCGCAGAGUCGCUCGCACUUUACUAUGAAGAAUUCGCUGCUUGGCUAGAGCAAGCCGGCAGAUGGACACAAGCAGAAGAAGUCUACAACAUGGGUAUCGAGAAGGGCGCCACUCCUGUCGCUCGUCUGACGAGGAAGUUCAACGAGUUUCAGCAACGCAAUGCUGCUCGUCCUCAAGAUGUGCCUGAGCCAACGAGUCCCGCUCUCCCUGUGGCUCGCGCUGUCCUUGGCGCAAAGGUUGAUCCNUUUGCUGCUGCAAUUGGCGCAACUACACCACAACAAGCAGCCAAACCUGCUGCAUCAAAGAAGCCCAAGGCUGGAAAGAUGGCCAUCUUCACAGACGAAGCACCACAAGAUCAGAGCGCUUUCGGAACCCCUGGCGAGAAGAACGGAUGGGACAGUAUCGAGUCGAUUCAGAACAGGAAGAAGGAGAACACCGUUGCUCCCAAACCAAUGGCUGGAGAGACAUUGAAGACAGGCAAGACAAACAAUGGUGUUCAGAAGAUGGCUAUUUUCAGGGUAAGCGAUCCAAUCCCCAAUCCUCUUUUUACGUUCCAAAUAUUCACGAAUGCAGGACUAACGGGCUGGCGACGUUGUUGUGUAUUCCAGUCAUCUUCUACUGUACGACAUGCAUACGAAUCAAGUAAACAUGCUUCUCAACGAGUCAUCAAUCUCAAGACGGGUAGACCUGAAUGUGUCUUUGUGAAUCUUGAAGCCGUCUAUCCUGACCCUAGCGACCCUUCCAUCGAGUUUUGCUUCGAAGAAUUGAGAGCUAGGCAUCGUGGCUGGCUAGAUCGUGACUGGGCUGCUGAACGAAGGCAGGUUCAAUCUACUGAUCAAGCACAGAGAACCGCGCCACUCAAUCAACAAACGAAGGAGCCGAAGCGUGGAUUCGCCAUUUUCAGCGACUCAUCUUCUGCCGAAAAGCAACCAGAACAGGAACGACCAACAAGUCAACGGGGCUUCCAGAUCUUCCAAGACGACUCCGAGAACAAGCCAGCACCCACACAAUCUUCACCUCUUACAAUCGACACUUCCCUCAAGGUUGUACCUAUCAAGGAUGAAAACGACGAGAACAGACCUCCCUCCAAGGCCGAUGUUGAACUUGCAAAGAGAAUGCGUCGCGAAGAGCGUGCUAACCGAACACGCAAGAUCAAGGUCAUGAACGUUGAGCAUGUGCAGAAGGAGACUCAAACCAUCAAACUGAACAUGGAUUCGCCCUCAGGCAAGAAAUUACGGAANAAGAAGGUUGCUGAACCUACAAUGACUAUCAACACAAAAGAAGCUAUGGACGAAAUUUACGGCAUUUUCAGUCAGCCUGUGCAAACUACUGCUGAAGAGGAACCGGAAGAAUCAGAGAGCGAGGAAGAUAGCGAUGAUGAUAGUGAUGACGACUACAGCAGCGAUGAAGAAGAUACCACCACUGGCCAUGUCUCGGGUGCAGGAAGCGAUUACGGUGACGAAACACGACGAGAAAUUCUCGCAUCGCAACAAUCAUCCAAGGAAGACACGACACAAGACACCGAAGAUCAAGAAGACGAUGAUGAAGACAAAACCAAUGUCAGUGCUUGGUCUGACUACGACGAAAGUAAGCCAGUCACCGAAACUGCUGCAACCUCUGCACAUUCCAAGGACGAAGAUGAGUUGUCGACACCGAUAGACGAAAUGCCUGGACCGCUGCAUGGAGAGAACGGUGAGCANAAGAUGAAGUACGUCCCGAUACCACCAGAGGGUUAUGAGCCUGUAAGGUCACAAUAUCGGGAUCCUGUCAUCGUUGCUCAGAACCGUUUGCCCUUCAUGACUCCCAUCGUCGAACACACCGAGUCUUCUAUCGGUGCUGCAACCAUCCGUGCGGAGCUAGAAAAGGGUUUCGCAGCCAAAACCCCAUCAAGACAGAACCACGGCAACGCAGACAUUGAAGAGGAAGACGAGGAAGAAGAUGAAGACGAAGACAGUCUCAUGAGCAGUCCCUUCCAAGUCCUCAGCGGUGCAGAGCUCGAGAACAAACGCAAAAUCCUCCAACCCAUCCGCACAAAAACUACAAAGGGGAUAGUAUCCCUAAGCGAAGAUGUUACUGCUAAACCAAAGCCUCUUGCUCUUCGUCCAGCAACAACUGCAGAGCCCAUCAACAAAGGACCCAUCAUCAAAGAUCCGCAAAUCAAUCCUGUAGACCCAGAGAUCCGUCAAACCAUCUUGUCACAGAUCCAUCCGCCGUUGAGCUCGUAUGAAGGAUACUAUGAGCAUAAAACCAUCCAACACGCCCGCACACCCGAGAUCCGCAAAUACUCAAAGGCGGUUGGAAAAGGCAAGACCGCAACAGAAAAGAGCAGUGCAUCUUUGCCUCCAGCUCCUAUUCUCGCCUUUGCACACUCUUCCAGCAAAUACACACUAAAACGCGAACUCGGUGCUGGUGCUUUCGCUCCCGUCUACCUGAUCGAAAACCACAACCCUUCUCCUUCAUCCCUCAACNNCCCCAACAACGAGAAUGACGAAAAUGCAGCUGUGGUGAUGGGUCAAGGCGCUUUCUCAGCCAUCCAGCGCCACACCCACGAAGCACUAAAAAUGGAAGAUCCACCUUCUGCGUGGGAAUUCUACAUGUUAAGACAAGUCCACCGUCGCCUAGGCGUCUCCCGCGCCACCGAAUCCGUAAUCCACGCUUACGAAAUGCACAUUUUCCGGGACGAAGGCUUCUUGAUUGAAGAAUUCAGAGGCCAGGGCACAUUACUCGAUCUCAUCAAUGUGGCUAGGGCAGAAGCAGGAGGCACACUAGAUGAAGCCCUAGCCAUGUUUUUUGCUGUGGAGUUGAUUCGUACGGUGGAGGCUUUACACACCAAAGGCCUUAUCCACGGAGACCUCAAAGGCGAUAAUGUGUUAGUGCGUCUUGACGAAUCGUCACACUGGUCCUCAACCUACGAUCCCUCAGGCAGCAACGGCUGGAAAGCCAAGGGUGUAUCGUUGAUAGACUUUGGUCGUGGCAUUGACAUGCGCGUUUUCUCNCCCGACGUCCAAUUCGUAGCCGAUUGGGAGACUUCCUCGGCGGAUUGUGCAGAGAUGCGUGAACUGCGUCCUUGGACCUAUCAAGUGGAUUACCACGGCCUUGCUGGCCUUCUCCACAGUCUUUUGUUUGGCAAAUACAUGUCCACCAUUGCGGAAAAAGGAGGUGGUAUAGGUGCAGGCGCGACCAAACACUACAAGAUCAAAGAAGGCUUGAAACGCUAUUGGCAGCAAGAGAUUUGGGGACAGGCGUUUGAGAUGCUCUUGAAUCCGCAGAUGUUUGUGCAGCAAGAAGAGGGAGGGAAAAUGCCUUUGUGUAAAGGACUCAAAGGCUUGAGAGAAAAGAUGGAGGUGUGGUUGGUGGGCAAUUGCGAUAAGGGCGUUGGACUCAAGACCAUGGUUAGGNNGAAGAUGGAAGAGGCUGUCAAGGCGAGGAAAAGGUAG